ACCGUUUAGCUGGUACCGUUAGUACCGGUACCUGCCCUCCCCUACCGCUCAGACCAAAACAAAACAAAGAUGGCGUUAGCACAGAAGAGGACGCACGUCCGGCUUCCCCCUGAGGUGAACCGCAUUCUGUAUGUGCGUAACCUGCCCUACAAGAUCACCGGUGAGGAAAUGUACGACAUCUUUGGAAAGUAUGGAGCCAUCAGACAGAUCAGAGUUGGCAACACCCCAGAAACUCGAGGCACCGCGUUUGUCGUGUUUGAGGACAUUUUUGACGCCAAGAACGCCUGUGACCACUUGUCGGGCUUCAAUGUGUGCGGCAGAUACCUGGUUGUGCUCUACUACCAGUCCAACAAGGCGUUCAAGAAGAUGGAUGCUGAGAAGAAACAGGCUGAGCUGGACAGAGUCAAGACUAAAUAUGGCAUAAACACGGAGGAACUGAAGAAAUAGUCGUUAAGUAAUCCCUAGAUAGGUGUAAAAUAUGUCUCCAUCUUUGUAUAACAGUUUUCAUAUCAAGCUCAUGUUUUUGUAUUUCUGACAUCAUCCAUUUGAACUGCUCAUUUCUAUUUUCCUUCUUACUCCAUUUUUUUAGUGUCUCAAAACCUUUAAAUUCGUCAUUGCCAGCCUCUUAGUACUCCUUGAAUAGUGUAAAAUUCUGUCUCAUAUUCAAUAGAGUUUUAUAUUAUGCUCGUGUUUUCUUCGAUAUACAUCAUCCAUUUGUGCUUAUUUGGGUUUCCUUCUUACUCUGUCCUCGCCUCUGUUUUCCUUCUUUCUCCUCUCGUAGCAUCUUCAAACCUUUAAACUGACAAUCUCUCUUUGGCUUCCUCUUGUCGUAGUGGGAGCAGCACUUUUGCAAGAUUCCAUCAGCUCUUGGUCCAUCUACAUUAUCAUAAAAAAAACCUUGGAUUGGUAUGUCUUCUUUACCCCCAUCUUUCCUUUCAUAUAAAAAAUUUAAUCUUUUUCAUUUCAUACAAGAAUUUUCAUCUCUUCUUUUUAUAAAACAAUUUUCUUCUGGUUUCUGUUGCCUUUUUCCAUUCGAAUUGCUGUUUUCAUUCUUACACUUUUCUGUUGGUCUCGUAACUCACCAGUCAGUUUCAUGUCCCAGAUUCUUCAUUUCUUCUGGAUGAAGUUUGUCCACAAGCUGACCAAUGUACAAUGUCUAGUCUAAGGAAUAAUUAAAAUCUUUUAAGA